AUGGCAGCGCCAGAUUACAACGGCAACGAGGUUGAUGGUGAUCUUGAAUCUGGCAGCUUCCUGACGGAAAACCAGAGGAACAAUGACACCGAUAGGAGACCGGCUGGCAAAAAUGACGGCAACAACCCUUACUUGGAUGAGUAUACAGCGCUUAUUCGUUUCGUCGAUACCUACCGGGAUCCCCGAGCAGCGGAAGAGCUAGGGGAGGAAGACUUUGAUCAACAAGGCAAGGGAAGGCCAUGGUGGGCUUUCUGGAGAGGCGGCAAGGUAGGAUACGUCGCUGCUUCUAAGAGCGACUUCGAGACGCCUAGUGACUGGCUGAAAACCAACAUGCGAGAUGGUCUCGACCCGAUGGAAGUCGAACGGAGACGCAAAUAUUCGGGCUGGAACGAGCUGACCUCCGAGAAAGAGAACAUGCUUCUGAAGUUCAUCGGCUUCUUUCAGGGUCCUGUUCUCUAUGUCAUGGAAGUUGCGGCCAUCCUCGCUCUCGGUCUUCAGGACUGGCUCGAUGCAGGAGUCAUCAUCGGAAUUCUGCUACUCAACGCUGUAGUUGGUUGGUACCAGGAGAAGCAAGCUGCCGACGUCGUGGCUUCGUUGAAGGGCGACAUUGCUAUGAAGGCGCGUGUCAUCCGAAACGGCAGCGAACAGGAGAUUCGCGCCAGAGAACUUGUUCCUGGAGACAUUAUUAUCAUUGAGGAGGGCCAUGUCGUCCCUGGCGAUGCCCGUCUGAUCUGCGAGUACGACAACCCUCAGGGGCAGGCUCAAUACGAAGCCGAACUCAGCGCCCAAGAUAUCACCUCGCCCCGCAAAGAGAAGUUCUCGGAAGAGGAGGAGGAAGGCGUCCCGCACAUCGGCCACGCUAUUGUUGCCGUCGACCAGUCUUCCAUCACUGGAGAGUCUCUGGCUGUCGAUAAGUACAUGACUGAUACCGUCUACUACACCACCGGCUGCAAGCGGGGCAAGGCAUACGGUAUCGUGACUGCUGGAGCUCCGGCUUCGUUCGUCGGCAAGACUGCUUCGCUGGUUCAGGGCGCCAAGGAUUCGGGACAUUUCAAGGCCAUCAUGAACUCUAUCGGCACGUCCCUCUUGGUUCUCGUCGUCUUCUGGAUUCUCGUCGCAUGGAUUGGUGGUUUCUAUCGCAAUUUGCAUAUCGCCCUUCCCUCCGAAAGCUCUACCAACUUGCUGCACUACGCUUUGAUCCUGCUCAUCAUCGGUGUUCCUGUCGGUCUUCCAGUUGUGACCACGACAACUCUGGCUGUGGGCGCCGCAUACCUCGCCAAGGAGAAGGCCAUUGUGCAAAAGCUCACUGCCAUCGAAUCGCUCGCUGGUGUCGACAUCCUGUGCUCCGACAAGACAGGCACGCUCACUGCCAAUCAACUGUCCGUCCGUGAGCCUUUCGUCAUGGAAGGUGUCGAUAUCAACUGGAUGAUGGCUGUCGCAGCACUCGCGUCUUCUCACAACAUUAAGGCCCUCGACCCCAUUGACAAGAUCACCAUUCUCACACUCCAGCGUUACCCCAAGGCCAAGGAUAUGAUCAGUGAAGGCUGGAAGACGGAAAAGUUUACCCCCUUCGACCCCGUAUCCAAGCGCAUCACUGCGGUUGUCACGCACCAGGGUGUCCGAUACACGUGUGCCAAGGGUGCACCCAAGGCCGUGCUUGCCCUGACCGACUGCACUGAGGAACAGGCCCAACUUUUCCGUGAGAAGGCCACCGAAUUCGCCCGCCGUGGUUUCCGCUCGCUCGCUGUUGCCGUGCAAGAAGAGGAUGGUCCUUGGGAGAUGCUCGGCAUGAUCUCUCUCUUCGACCCUCCCCGCAGCGAUACUGCUCAGACCAUCGCUGAGGCCCAGGCUCUGGGUCUGCAGGUCAAGAUGCUGACUGGUGACGCUAUUGCCAUCGCCAAGGAGACCUGCAGGAUGUUGGCACUGGGAACCAAAGUGUACAACUCGGACAAGCUUCUCCACAGCGACAUGGUUGGUACUUCGGUCCAUGAUCUUUGCGAAAGAGCCGACGGUUUCGCCGAAGUGUUCCCCGAGCAUAAGUACCAAGUCGUCGAAAUGCUUCAGCAACGCGGUCACCUCACUGCCAUGACUGGCGACGGUGUGAAUGACGCCCCUUCGCUGAAGAAGUCGGACUGUGGUAUCGCUGUUGAGGGUGCCACAGAAGCCGCACAGGCCGCAGCAGACAUCGUUUUCUUGGCUCCUGGCCUCAGCACCAUUGUUUCCGCCAUCAAGAUCUCCCGCCAAAUUUUCCAACGUAUGAAGGCGUAUAUCCAGUACCGUAUCGCGCUCUGCCUACAUCUCGAAAUCUACCUCGUCACUUCUAUGGUCAUCAUCAACGAGACAAUCCGCGCCGAUCUCAUCGUCUUCUUGGCUCUGUUCGCCGACUUGGCGACCAUUGCCGUGGCCUAUGAUAACGCCCACUUCGAGAAGCGCCCCGUCGAGUGGCAGCUGCCCAAGAUCUGGAUCAUCUCCGUCAUACUCGGUACUCUGCUCGCCAUCGGCACCUGGAUUCUCCGUGGCACCCUUUGGCUGCCCGACGGAGGUGUCAUCCAGAACUACGGUGGCGUCCAAGGGAUCCUCUUCUUACAAGUCUCCCUAACCGAAAACUGGCUCAUCUUCGUGACGCGCGGUUUCGAGACGUCACCCUCAUGGCAGCUUGUGAGCGCCAUCUUCGGCGUUGACGUCCUGGCCACUCUCUUCUGCGUCUUCGGCUGGUUCUCGGGCGGUGCGGGCGAGCCCAGCAGCCCAGCGUCCAUCAAUCCCAAGCUCUCGGACAAUGGCGCUACCGACAUCGUCACCAUAGUCGUGGUCUGGAUCUACUCCAUCGCCGUCGUCAUCGUCAUCGCCAUCGUGUAUUACAUCAUGACGGGCAUGACACGCCUCGACAACCUCGGCCGCAAGAAGAGGUCGGCGAGUGACACCAUGAUCGAGAACAUCCUCACCCAGCUCAGCAAGGUCGCCCUCGAGCACGAGCGCGACGAGAAGGGUGGCGAGCGGUAUUACAUUGCCCAGAAGCAGGUCAUUGAGGAGGAAGAUUAA